AUGGACUCCGACGACGACUUCAUGAGCGAUGUCUCGAGCCAGGAUGACUUUGACAUGCAGGGAAGCGACAACGACAGCUUAGGAGAAGAUUUUGGGGAUCUUGACGCUGGAUUCUCUGACGACAAGGACAUCUUCGGACACAAACGGAAACCCUAUGAAGUCGAGUUCAAGGUCCUCGAUCCUCCCGAUAUCGAAAAUGAACAGCUGGGUCAGGUCAACGAGGUGUGCGCCAUCCUCGGGCUGCCCCCAGAGUCGGCGGCGAUUCUGUUGCGGUUCGGACGAUGGAACAAAGAGAAGUUGAUUGAGUCGUACAUGGAACACCCGGAGUCGACGUUAGAGGAUGCUGGGCUGGGGACCACAUUUGAAGGCACUGCUAAGACGGAGACGGUCCCGGGCUUCAUGUGUGACAUUUGCUGUGAGGAUGGCGAUGAUCUAGAGACCUACGCCAUGCGUUGUGGACACCGGUUCUGUGUUGAUUGUUAUCGGCACUAUCUGGGACAAAAAAUCAAGGAAGAAGGCGAAGCAGCUCGUAUACAGUGCCCGGGUGAUGGCUGCAAUCGGAUCGUGGACUCAAAGUCGUUAAAUCUUCUUGUCACGGAUGACCUGAAAGAAAGGUAUCGCGAGCUCCUGACACGGACGUACGUUGACGACAAAGAAAAUCUCAGGUGGUGUCCAGCACCAAACUGCAAAUAUGCCGUUGAUUGCGGAGUCAAGAACCGCGAUCUUCGUCGUAUUGUACCGACAGUACACUGUUUCUGCAAGCACGAGUUUUGCUUUGGCUGCUCUCUAUCUGACCACCAACCAACGCCCUGCACACUAGUCAAGAUGUGGCUACAGAAAUGUGAAGACGAUUCCGAAACUGCCAACUGGAUCUCGGCCAACACCAAAGAGUGCCCGAGGUGCGUGUCAACCAUUGAGAAGAACGGUGGAUGCAACCACAUGACUUGUCGGAAGUGCAAACAUGAGUUCUGCUGGAUGUGUAUGGGUCUCUGGUCUGAGCACGGCACCAGCUGGUACAACUGCAACCGAUACGAGGAAAAGUCCGGUUCAGAUGCUCGCAGUGCUCAAGCUAAAUCACGAUCGUCUUUGGAACGUUAUCUACAUUACUAUAAUCGAUACGCCAACCAUGAGCAGUCUGCGAAGCUCGAUAAGGAUCUCUACCUGAAGACCGAGAAGAAGAUGACUAGUCUACAGUCAUCGUCAGGUCUGUCCUGGAUUGAGGUCCAGUUCUUAGACACAGCAUCUCAAGCCCUGCAGCAGUGCCGUCAAACCUUGAAGUGGACAUAUGCAUUCGCAUUCUACCUUGCACGCAAUAAUCUAACAGAAAUCUUCGAGGAUAAUCAAAAGGAUCUGGAGAUGGCUGUUGAGAGUCUCAGUGAAAUGUUUGAGAAGCCUGUGUCUGAACUAGCGGAACUCAAGGUUGAUAUCCUGGACAAGACCGCCUACUGCACCAAGCGACGCGUGAUCUUGCUCAGUGAUACCGCCGAGAACCUGAAAAACGGAGUGUGGUCCUUCAACGUUGAAUGGUAA